UUUCUCCCGAAGCCUAGCCAGGGUUGUCACCGUAUCCUCUUACUCCGUACCACGCCUUGUGAAAAUUCCUUGGCUAGCAGAGCCAGGUUCUAGAGAGCCCCCAAGAAAUUUUCCAGAAUUCCAGGCAGUAUGUCUCCCGCCGAUUUUCCACUGUCGCCAAAGGACAGCUUGAGGGAGCGCUAUCGAGGUCGUACUCUCCAUGAAGUUCCAGUGCCUGCCGCUGUCAUUGAUGUGGCAAAGGUCAGGGCCAAUUGUCAGGCCAUGCUUGACGCUGUGAAGGAGCAUGGACUCAGUUUUCGUGCCCAUGUCAAAACCCACAAAACUACAGAAGCCACUCGAUUGCAAGUUGGAGAACAUUGCGACGACGUGCGCCUUGUUGUGUCAACAUUGAUCGAAAUUGAGCAGCUCAUUCCAUUGCUUCUGGAGUACAAACAGCGCAAAGCAAAAAUCAAUGUGCUCUACGGUGUACCGCUAGCCCCGUCUCAUGUCGAACGACUUGCCACUAUUGCUCGCGAGUUGGGAGAAGGGUCGAUUACAGCGAUGAUCGACGAUGAAUCUCAAUUGGAAUCUCUCAAAACUUUUAAGAAUCUUGCAGGUUUCCCAGCCUAUAUAUUUAUCAAGACCGAUUCAGGAUCCCAUAGGGCCGGGCUCCAUCCUGCUUCUCCAGAAAUGCAAGAGCUUGUGAAAAUGAUGAGCCAAGCUGACCAGGAUGGACUUCUCCAUUUGUUAGGCUUCUAUUCACACAAUAGCCUCAGUUACGGUAGCUCAAAUCCUGAUGACGCUAUGGACUGGCUGAAGACUGAAAUUGAUGCCUGCCGAGAGGCCUCGCAAAAUUUCAAAAGCAACCACCAGUCACCAUUGCUAGUCUCAGUGGGAGCGUCCCCAACUGCACUCAGUCUACAGAACGUCUUACCUUCAAACCCCAGUUCCACCAAUUCUGCGAAUGCUCUGAAAGAAUCCUUGCAGUUGACAAAGUCGAAUCUCGAGUUGGAGAUUCACGCCGGUGUUUAUCCCAUCUUCGACAUUCAGCAGGUAGCUGCGUCUAGCCGUCAUGCAGCUAAUGAUCCAUACGAUACGAUUGCGGCUUCAGUCAUCACUGAGGUAUGCUCGUUGUACCCGUCGCGCACCGAGCACCCAGAAGCACUCGUCUCUGCAGGCGUACUUGCUCUUGCUCGAGAGCCUUGUAAAGACUAUCGUGGAUGGGCUGUUGUCAGCCCUUGGAAUAUGCCAGCAAACUACAACAUCCGCAAGGAGGAUCGCCUCAUUGUCACACGUGUCAGUCAAGAGCACGGCAUAGUAGGUUAUGACGCUCAGAACACUACACAUCCACUUCCUUUGCAAUAUGGACAAAAGCUUCGCUUAUGGCCGAACCAUGCUUGCAUCACGCUCGCAAUGUUCGGCUGGUAUCUAGUGGUCGACUCCAGCAGUGACAAUCCAGAUAUGAUCACAGAUGUUUGGCUCAGAUGGCGAGGUUGGUGAAAUGACGAUUUUUGCAGCAGACCUUCCAGAUCAUCUUGGUCCGAGCCAGCAGAUAAACAUAGCAGGACUCUUUCUGCUUCAGCUCAGGGAAUCCAACGAGCUGAAGUCUUUUCCGGGUACUCUUGGUCCACGAAAUCCACAAAGCUUCUUCGAAAUGCAACUUAGACUUCCUUUUCGAGCACGAUGUCGAAACUCAACGCCGUCUAAAGCUGACUUAAAAUUGGUCCCAGCAAAAGUUUUAGAACUCGCCCGAUACUUAAAUACAUCGAGCUCCAACUCCUUCCAAUCCUUGUCCAUUUAUCAGCGGAACCACGCAUCAUCUCCAAAAUUGAC